UGUUCUUGGAGCUUUGUUUAUGUUUCUCUUUUCGUCCUUUUUUAUUUGGUAAUUGGGUUAGUUGUUUGGUGGGGGGACUAGGAAGUGGAAUCGUUUCCCCUUUCAUGAAGCGAGGAAGAUAAAAAGGGCUGAUGGAAAUAAUAGAUGAGAUUGCAGAGGACGGCUUGCCAGAGCGGGGACGCCUUAUUCUUCGAUUUGAGCGGCGGCCAAUUUGGAUUGGGGAUGAAGAAGGGAUUAGAGAUUGUUUGGUUAGGGUUUACGACUGAAAUUGGGUUGAGGGUAAAUAUGUCAAUUUGUUGCGUUUUAGGGCGAUAAAAUUUGAAUUUUAGGGCGACGAAUAGCAAUUCAGUUAAUUAACCCUCUCUCUUCCUCCUCGAUCGACCCAUCGGCGGAAGAAGUCUAGCUAUCGCCGGCCCUAUCGCCGCCCUACGGCGCCGGAUCUCCGACGGAGCAAAUUCAUCCCUUUUCGAUACGACAAUCUGAUGAAAUGGGCGCAACGUAACUCGCAAGAGGCUGUUAUGGCUUUAUUACAAGGCGACGACGGGAGUGGCUGGCGUAAGGCGGUGGUGCAUGAGCGCCACGUGUCCUCGCCGGAGGCAAGCUCCACGCAUGCACGACUUACUUGGCACAGCACAGAGAGAGAGAGAGAGAGAGAGAGAGUUAAGAAUUGUUUAGUUAUGGGGUAAAGCAAAUGCCAUUGACUUCUUCGUUGUCUUUUUGGGUCAUGUAUUUAAAAUGUGUGAUUAGUCUACUAAUUAAUCACACCCCAAAAAGAGAAUCUUAUUAGGUCAUUUAGUUUCAGGGUCAAAUAAAAUCGAUUAAUUGUUCCACUAGUUUGGUACCUGGUUCAUUGACGGAUAAAUUUUGUUUGAAAUAUGUACUUUGGUAAUUUUUUCCUCUUAAGGUGUCUAUUUUGUUCGGUCUGUCAUUGUCCUCUCUCAUUUCGAAUCGUGUAUACCUUUGAGUCCGACCAGUUGGCCGCUAAAUGAUUUUUUUUAAGGUAAAUUAGUUUGUCCCGCAUGACAAUAUUUUAGCACCCAUGAAAUUGUUGUGCAUUAUUAUUAUGAUUACAAAAUUAAACAUUGAUAUAAUUUAGUAACUCAGUAGAAUAAGAAAUUUGUUCUGCGAUCUAUAUUAGUAUAUACUUUAUGGCGGUACAAUCGAAUGAUAUUGAUAUAGUUUCGCAAUUGUCGAAUAGGAACAUGCCUUGUAAAUAUAUGAUUGUGGCUAUGUUUAAAAAAAACAUAUAUCAAAAUAGGUAUCCUUGUGUAGAUCACAUAAAUUCUAAUUUGUUCGCGCAAUAAUAUUUAAAUUCGGAGUUGAAGCGAAAUAAAUAUGUAUCAAUUAAGAAUAGUAGGGGAGAUUUAAAAAGAAGAGAGAGAGAGAGUUAAGUGACACAUUCUAAUUGGGGUAUAGAAAAACUUAAAAGAAAAAAAAGGAGUUAAGAAAAAAUCUGAUUGGUCGGAAGGGUGCUGACGUGGAUGCGUAGGAGGACUGAAAUUUUGAAAUGGUGAAGGUAGUUUUUGAAAAAGGCUUUAUAUAUUUUAUAGAAGAUAGAUUAUUAAACCAAGCCUAGUACUCAACACAGGCUUAAAUGUCGGACAAUUAAGGAUGCAGUUGCACUCAAUUCGUUAGUGAACGAUAAUAACUUAUGUAGAAUACAGAAAGACACGAUCGAGAUGUUGUAGAAUAGAAAGUCUUGUUAUCAUCUCGACGGACUAUCGAGAAUUGAAGCCCCCAUAACAAUAUUGAGUAGCUUUAUGUUAAGAAAGCUAUGACACUACCAAGUAUCAUAUUCGCAUCGUCGUUGAAAUGUACAAUUCAGAAGGUAGACGAUGAUAUAUCAACGAUAUUGUAAAUUUACCGAAACAAGCCAAUAAUUAAACCACCAUAAAAGCAUUGAAUGUCAACAAGGCGACACAAAUAGGGGAGCGGAUCAGGUCAGUAACCUUAUGGUGAGUAACCAUGAGUAACCCGUCCACAUCACCAUGACAUCAACAUCCCCUCUCUCUCCUGUAAAAUAUUUUAUUUUUUCCCCUUUAAUCUUUAACGGACGAUUUCUCUCUUGUUUUAAGUCGAAAUUUAUAUUAAAUGCGCUCUUUAAAAUUAUAUCCACUUUGAUAUAUUUUUAGUACAGAAAAAAAUUUGAGUCAUUUUUUACUAGUCAUUACCAUAUGGUAGUAUCCUAUUUAAUACCAUAUGGUAAGAAAUUGUACCAUAAUGGUAUGAACAUACCAAUAUGGUAAGAAGGUUGAAUACAUGAUAGUACGAGUAUACUAACUGUCAUUUACGACUUUCAUCAUUGUUUACUACAAGUUACCACCCACGUACCAUAGUGGUAAAGUAUGAUAAUUUUUGGUCCAUUAUUUUUUUCACCCAUAAAUUUGCAGAUCCAAUAGAUCAUGAUGGACUCGUUACUUCUGAGCAAAGGUUUUCUAAAACGACUUAAAAACGAAGAAGUUUUCAUAUGAUAUAUAGUUGGUAACGAGUGGUAUGAAAAAAAGUUUCUCGAAAUAUAUUGAAAAUUGAUCUCAUUUUGUAGAGCACAACAAACUCGUUCCAUCUGUGAAAAAAAAAAAAUUGAAAUCCGAGUUAGAACGAAGAAGAUGAGAGGCUAUUAAGAAAACUAGGAAAAAUAAAAUGUCUUUAAUUGA